AUGGGCAGCGCUUCGUCGCCCAAGUCAGGGCUCAAACAGGCAGCUUGUCUCGUGUGCCGCAGGGGCAAGAUCAAGUGCGAGUACCUGGCCGAUCAGGGCCGCUGCCGCCGCUGCCUCCAGCUCGACAGCGAAUGUGUCAGGCCCGACUAUCACGCCGGCCGACAGCGCGGUAUUAAAAAUAAGAGAGUUGGUAUAGACAAGGCCAUCUACCAGGUACAUCAGGCGGCUCGUCGCGCUGGCAAGGGCGGCAGAGGAAGCAGCAAGGCCGAUGAGGCGGUCCUGGCCCGGCUGCGGGAUAUCCUGCACGAGGUCGACGGCGGCACUGGGAUAUCGCCGAGCAAUGAGUCGCACCACACGGGCGGCGGCGACGAGUCCAUGAGCGAAGGCGACGAUGAGGAUGGCGAGAACGGAGAUGUACAUGGCGGGGAAGAUGACGAUGCCAUGUCUGGAACUGCCGCCGGAGCCAGCAGCGGUCACGGCGGUAGCAUGAGUGCCAGUGCUAGCGCUAGAGACGCAGAGCCUGAUCCGGGCUCGGGGUACCAAAGACCGCCGGGCGAGAGCCUUGCGGUCGAUGAUGCGGAGAAUCCCUUGCAGCUGCUGGCGAGAGCGUCCUACUUUACGCCGUCGGCGGACGAGCGUGGAAAGAGAGCGCCGCAAAAGUCGAGGCAAGACGCCGCCGCCGCGAGCGAUAACAGCGCAUCCGAGCACGCAAAGCUCAAUGACUUCUUUUCCAUCACGCGUUCCGACCUAGAUGUCGGCGACGACAUUGACCCCAUAUCCCUUGGCCUCGUAGAGGAAGACGAGGCCGAGAUGCUCUUCACAUACCGCCGCCACAGCUUCCAUGACAAGCUCGCGCACACACGCUGGGGGCUCGACCCGGACCUCUACACCGUCUCCUUCACGCGCACGCGCUCCGCCUUCCUCACCACGACGCUCAUGGCCUGCGCCGCACUCUUUGUGCCGUCGGCCGGUAGCCUCUCGAAGCGGCUGUCCAACCACUCGCGGACGCUCGCGCAGCGCGUCAUCACGCGCCGCCACCGCUCUGUCGAGAUCGUGCUCGCCUUCGUCGUCAACAUCCCCUGGAUCUUCCCCGGCCAGCGCAGCACCGACGACGAGACGUGCUGGUACAUCAGCAUGGCUGCCACGGUCGCCAUUGAUCUGCUAAUGCACAAGACGCUCAUAUCCCGUCGUGUGCUCGACUCAGGCGCGGGGCUGGCGCUCGCGCGGGGCGAGUGCCUCGACACCACCACCGCGCUUGAGAUUGACGGCUACGAGGGCAUCGAGCCUUGGUCGGAGCGCGGCAGGAUCCUGCUGCGGUCGCGCGAGCGCUGCUGGAUCUCUCUCUAUGUAGUGGAACGAGGGAUGGGCCUUGCGCGCGGACGUCCGUUUAUGGUUCCAGUUACGAGGCUGAUUAAAGACUGCGACGACUGGCACAAAUCGGAUAUUGCCGCGUCUCAAGAUGGGCACGCGGUUUCCAUGGCCGUGAUGCGUAGAGAUUUGGAUGUGCUCUUCAACAAUGUCCGUUCUCUUUGUGACGGCUCACAAACUGCCAGUAGUGAUGGCUCAUUAAUAGCACGAUCCAUUCAAGAUGCCAUUGAACGCUUCUUCGCGCAGUGGCAUUCAAAAUGGGACUUGUCCAUUGGCGUUGGGCCAGAUCGACGACUCCCUCCGUAUGUCGAGAUCCUCGUCAGCCACACGCGGCUGUCCACGUACGGCGGCGUCAUCAACACCCCGACGGCGCCCAUCGAGGUGCGCCGCUUCUUCCGCACGGCGGGCCUCUCGUCCGCGCUCAACGUGAUGCGCGCCGCCAUCCAGGGCGAGUCGCUGCUGAUGUCGAUGCCCAACAACACGACCAUCAUGAUCUGCUUCGCGGCGUGCUUCGCGCUGACGCUGAGCGCCUACACGACGGACAGCUCGGCGCUGGCGCCCAGCAUCCGCAAGCUCGUCGUCGAGGCCGCCGGUGUGCUGGAGCGCCUCGGCACCAUCACCAAGCACCGAAACGGCCUGUCGGUCCUCUACGGCAAGUAUCUGCGGCAGAUCGUCCGCAAGGCCGUCAGCACGAGGAAAGCCGCCGGCGCCGAGCGGGCGGGUCAGGCUGCACUGGCGAACGGCGACGCGCCGCUGUACCCGAUGAACCCGGCGACGACGACAGCGGCGGCGGCGGCGGCACCCACGCUCAUGCCGCCGGUGAGCAUGGCUGCGCAGCAACAACAACAGCAGCAGCCGGAGAUUAUGCACCCGCAGCUUCAGCAUCAGCAUGCGCACCCUCAGCAGGCGCCGCCGCAGAUGGCGGGACAGCCGAUGCUGUGGCCGGAGACGCUGCAGUUCUCGGCCAUGUCGGGGGAUCAAAUCACGCACGUGCUGAACCAGCCCGGCAACGGGUUCGAACCGUCGUUUGGCGGGUUGUCCUGGCAGGACAUGAAUAAUUUCGACUGGCUGCCGUUUCCGGAGUUUGGCAUGUAA